ACCUGAUCUACAAUAGUUAUGAUUUACAUUUUACUAUUGCGUACAUACAAGUAACUUAUUUAUAUUUCAAUACUCUUAGGUGUCUGAUGCGGAAACGCUGGGCACCAGGCAUCCAGAUUCUGUACCAUGGGUGAUCGAUGAUAGGAUCAUCCCAUACUUAGAGCUAACGAGGUUAUACGACUUUCACUUCGUAGCAUACGGCAGAGUUGACCGUGCCAUUAUCACGGCACUGGUCGAGAGAUGGCGUCAGGAGACGCAUACAUUUCAUCUCCCUCUAGGUGAGGCUACCAUCACAUUGCUUGAUGUAGCCUUACUAACGCGGCUUCCCAUAGAGGGACGUGCCGUUUGUGCAGGCGGACGCCAGCUAUCAGGCUGGCGUGACAUGGUGCAUCGCAUUUUGGGAGAACGCCCCAGAUGUGGGAGCAUAUUCUUAUCGGCCAACCUUAUAGAACCGUUGGUCGUGGUGAUACUGCUCCUCCACCACAACCAGCCCUAGAUGUUGCGUACGGUUCGAGGUGGAAUUUUGCCCGCCGGACGCGCAAGCACACCGGCAGCGGUCUAGGAUUCUACCGAGAUCAAUUAGACCUCCUACGACCCAACCAGUUUUUGUGGGACCCAUACCCAGCGGAAGCCUACGCAGCUGUACCCGAACACUCGAGGAUUCAUUCCGGGGCGUGGAGGGCUUCUGUGCCACUCAUAUGCUUCGACAUUGUCGAAGUACAUCUGCCAGAGCGCGUAAUGCGCCAAUAUGGGUUGGUACAGGGCAUUCCACCGCCUUGUGACACUGAACCCCAGCUGCACCUAAUUUCGCGAAGAAAUCAAGCCGGGGCAAACUGGAUGGAGAUCAACAGGCGCCACAUCGCUCGUCGGGAUCAUAGACUUGAGCUACUGGCACAAGGUGCGCCGAUCGAUGUUGUUGGCGCACCUACUACACCUGACUAUAUGCCGUGGUUCCUCUCCAUCACGCGCCGAUGGAUGACACCACGUGCCAUCUUGGAAACAGCACAUUACGCACCUGCUGCGCCUACGAUGACCCAAUUUACACAAGGUGCGGCAGACGUGAUGCGAUACAGCCAGGAGGAGCCGGUGAGGGAGAUUGCGCAUGGCAUGCUCUUCGGCUCGCAGUUCCAGCACUUCAUACCAGAAGUCGCUGCACAACACUCACCGACUACCUCCCAUACGCACAUGGCAUGCUCUCCUUCUUAUGACUACCAUUUGGAGGAGAUGGAUCAUUCAUAUCCCGUUGACGCUGCGGGGACCUCGCAGGCUGUGCCAUCACGGCCAUCACAGUACCAGUCCCCUCCACUGCCAGAGCGUCACGCGAACGCCUCUUUCUAUCGUAGGAGGCGAAGGAGACCAACUCAGUUGGAUAAGGUAGAUGAGGGUUCGUGAGCGUUAACGAUUAUCUUUUGUAUAUUUGGA